GGCGCCCAAACCAGGGCCCAGCCUCCUGUCGCCUCGAACCGCCACCGAGAAUGAAUGCAGUCGACAACUCGACAAGGCACGGAGUCCCUUCGUACCUGUGCCCGCAAAAGCGGUACUUCCUCGGUCUCCACGGGUCCUUCCAGCAGGCAGCUCUCGCGCUCAUCUGUGAACUCGCCUCCCUUCCCUCCCGCAGCUGCUUCACGCGGGUGUCGCGGGCACCUGUGCUCUGCGUCAAAUGACGACGACCGGGGUGGACAUUCUUAGCCUCCUCCCCAAGAGCGCUGAGGAUAUAAGAGAGAAGAGAAUGAGCGGAGGACUCCAGCGCCUCGCUAACUCCCUCGCCUCCAUUCAACAGUCAUGAAGUCCCAGCUCCGUUCCUUGGUCCUCGCGCUUUUCGCCCUCGGCGUCUCUGCCACCCCGAACCCGCUCGCGGGCGGUUCGAGCACCGUCGUCCGUGACCCUGCUAUGUGGUACAAUGCCGAUCUCGGGAAAUACUUCGCCUUCUCCACCGACGAGGGCAUCCGCAUCUUCACCUCCCCCUCCCUCACGGGCCCCUGGACCCGCACCGGCUCCGUCCUCCCCAACUGCUCCUCCAUCCAGCUCGACGGCAACUGCGCCCUUUGGGCCCCCGAUGUGAACUACAUCGACGGCGAGUAUGUCCUGUACUACUCCGUCUCGUCCGUGGGGUCGCAGAACUCGGCCAUCGGCGUCGCGACCUCGCCGUCGAUGGAGGAGGGGACGUGGACGGACCAGGGCGAGGUCAUCCGCUCGAACCCGGGGGACGUGUACAACGCGAUCGACCCGAACAUCAUCGAUGCGAACGGGCUGAAGCUCGCGUUCGGGUCGUAUUGGACGGGGAUGUAUCAGGUGGGGCUGUGGCCGGAUAUCAAGACGAGGGCGUCGGACCUCCCAGGCACGCAUCUGGCUGGCAACGACGGGCGCGCCGCGGAGGGCGGCUUCGUAUACAAGUCGGCCGCGUCGGAGUACUACUUCAUGUUCUUCUCUGAGGGUGUGACGCCGUUUGUUGGUGCCACCACCCGCCCGGACCCCGGCGACGAGUACAAGGUCCUCGUCGGCCGCGGCGCCAGCGGCCAGGGCCCCUUCUACGGCCCCGCCGGCAACGAGCUCACGCAGCCCGGCACGGGCCAGCUCGUCCUGGGCUCGCACGACAACGUCUACGCGCCAGGUGGCCAGAGCAUCUUCCUCGACCCCGUCAGCGGCCGGGACGUCAUCGUGUACCACUACAUCCCGAACGACGCCUUCGGCGGCCCGUCGUACCUCGGCAUCAACUACCUCGACUUCUCGAGCGGGUGGCCGGUGGUUGUGGACUGAGAGUCUCCUUCCUGGCAGCUUGCAAACGUCGUCGACAACGAACCGCAUCCGCGACGGAAAUCAAUGCGUGCGCGUUGAACAGCCACGCACGGAACUCACGACAUCUAAUUUAUCUUCACUGGGUCAUAUCUCUGGGAUCGUAUAUACAUUCGCUCUGGUAAUAAUAACGGAUUUCUCGGGCUUCAUCG